AUGCUUCAAAGAAUAUUUAAAGAUAAAACCAACGAUUACAGUUUAUAUGUCACAGCAAGCAUAGCUCUGAACUCUUCUUUUGUUAAAAUAGGAAUGUUGCAGCAAUGUUUUGAAAACGUGAACACAUCUUGUGUGAGAGUCUCACGAUUAUUAGUUGAACAGACCAUACUUUAUUUUAUAUUCACUUUAGGUAUUAUUGCCUGUGUUGUUGGCAACCUGCUGGUGAUUAUCUCAAUUUCUUAUUUCAGGCAGCUUCAUUCCCCAAGUCAUUUCCUUGUCCUCUCCUUAGCCUCAGCAGAUUUCGUAAUGGGACUUUUAGUAAUUCCAUUUACUGCUAUUAAAUUUAUUGAAGCGUGUUGGUAUUUUGGAGAAGAUCUCUGUAGACUUUUGACUGCCUUAGAUUCAUUGUGCUCUUUGGCAUCUGUUUUUCAUCUUUGUUUUAUUUCUGUUGAUCGCUACAUUGCUGUCAGUGAUCCUUUAUCGUACCCUGUAAAGUUUACUGCAACAGUUGCAUGCUUUUUAAUAUCUCUGGGAUGGUUACUGCCAGUGACCUACUCAUUAGCUCUGAUUUAUUCAAACACAAAUGAUACUGGACUGGAAGACUCGGUCGCAGAUCUCCACUGUAAAGGAAGUUGUGUAAUAUUGUUUAAUAAAUCAUGGGUCCUGAUAAAUGUGAUAAUCAUUUCUCUUCCAUUAAUUACAAUGCUGGGUAUGUACUCAAACGUUUUCAUAAUUGUGAAAAAGCAAGCAAGAAUGAUAGAAACCACAGCAGGUAAGAAGUCUGAAGUGGAAACAUUUAGCAGCAGGGUGGCAAGAAGAGAAAGAAAGGCUGCAAAAACAUUAGGCAUAGCUGUUGGGGCAUUUACAUUUUGCUGGUUGCCAUUAUUCGUAGACAUGAUGAUUGAUAAUCUUUUUAAUGUUAUAACACCACUCUCUGUUUAUCACAUCUUUUUCUGGCUUGCUUAUUUUAGUUCAGCACUGAAUCCUUUCAUUUAUGCUUUCUUUUAUCCGUGGUUCCGUGAAACUGUUAACCUCAUUUUUUCCUGCAAGAUUUUGAGAUCUGAUUACAAAGAUAUUGAUUUAUUUAAAGAAUGA